CGCCCCCCCAGCCAUCUGUCCAAUCAGACUGGUCAGCAGCGGCAAUGUUGGUCGACCAUUGGUCACUUGUGGACAGCUCCGGUGACUUAAAGGUGUGAAGUGGCGGGAACUUCUCACUCGCAGCACAGCAGCCUCGCAGCACGUGUCGUGAGACCAAGACACACACUACUGGACUUUUAUCUUAAGUGAAUCUCUCUCGACAGUUUUGUGUGAGUGAUCAUACACAAUGCCGCGUCCCUGCCGCGAGAGUUACGGUGAUCAGAAGCCGCCGUACUCGUACAUCUCCCUCACCGCCAUGGCCAUCUGGAACAGCCCGGAGAAGAUGUGUACACUGGCGGAGAUCUACAAGUUUAUUGUGGACAACUUUCCCUACUACCGCAAGAACACUCAACGCUGGCAGAACUCUCUGCGUCACAACCUCUCCUUCAACGACUGCUUUAUUAAGAUCCCUCGUCGUCCUGAUAGACCCGGCAAGGGCGCCUACUGGACCCUACACCCGUCCGCCAUGAACAUGUUUGAGAACGGUAGCUUCUUGCGCCGCAGGAAGAGGUUCAAGAUACCCAGGGAUGAAAAGGACGCCAUGGAGGCCGGGAUGACGUCGUGCAGCGGCGUCCAGUGUCCUGAAGAGACGCUCUUCGAGGACCCCCGCGAGUUUAACCACAUCGACCAGGAGUUGGACUUCCACUUGGGAUAUUUUAGCCACCCGGUUCAACUGACGCCCACACUGGGUUUCUCGCCGCCCACGGCAGGCGUCUCGGUGCCCACUCCUAUGGUCUCACCGCCCACGCCCGCCCUCUCUACACCCACGCCAGUACAAUCCACGCCCAAACGCCAGGCCUUCACCAUUGAGAACCUUGCUACCAGCGACGCUCGACCCACGCCCGACCCCACGCCCCUGCAACCCUUCCUGUCACCAAUGGGCAUGGAUGAGCAACAGGCCCACCCACAUCACGCCCACCCUGACCAUCAGGGCGUGGGAGGGAUGGCGUGUGCCUCGUGCGUGACCACGCCCACACUGCUUCCUCACCUGUACCCGCCAGCUUCGCUUUCUCUCAACCUUGCGGCGCCCACGCCCCUCUACCCUACGCCCUUCCUCCACGCCAUCAACCCUCAGGAGCUGCUGCAGCCUCUCCAGCCGCCUUACAACCACGCCCUCACCAUCUUCGACGCUAUGAGCCUUUCCAGGUUCUACACUAACCAUUCCAAGGACUCCAAUCAUCCCAGCUACGACCCUAGCUAUCCCAAGGACUCCAGCCACCUUAGCUACGACCCUAGCUAUCCCAAGGACUCCAGCCACCCUAGCUACGACUCCAGCUAUCCCAGCUUCGACCUUAGCUAUCCUAGCUUCGACUCCAGCUAUACCAAGGACGCCAGCCAGCCCAUGGAUCUCUCACAAGCGCGACCUCCAGCACAAGACAAGGAAAACUGUAGGUACUCCCCACCCAUGAGGAGCCUAUGA